UGCAAGGUGCGCGCGGCGCCCGCUCAUUGCGGCGGCGGCGGCAAUGAAGGUGGCGGUGGCCGGGUGCUGCCACGGCGCCCUGGACAAGAUGUACGAGACGCUGGAGCUGCUGCAGCGGCGCCACAACGUGCGGCCCGACCUGCUGCUCUGCUGCGGGGACUUCCAGGCCGUGCGCAAUGAGGCGGACCUUCACUGCAUGGCUGUGCCGGCCAAGUACCGGCACAUGCAGACCUUCUACCGGUACUACUCGGGCGAGAAGAAAGCCCCGGUGCUCACCGUGUUCAUCGGCGGCAACCACGAGGCUUCCAACCAUCUCCAGGAGCUGCCCUAUGGCGGGUGGGUCGCGCCCAACAUCUACUACCUCGGUUACGCGGGUGUGGUGCGGUUCCGCGGCGUAAGGAUCGGUGGCAUCUCGGGCAUCUUCAAGUCUCACGACUACCGGAAAGGYCACUUUGAGUGCCCACCAUACAACCAGCAGACCAUCAGAAGUGCUUACCACGUGAGGAAUAUUGAAGUCUUCAAACUAAAACAGCUAAAGCGUCCCAUCGAUAUAUUUAUGUCACAUGACUGGCCAAGGAGCAUCUAUCACUAUGGAAACAAGAAACAGCUCCUCAAAAUGAAAUCCUUCUUCCGUCAAGAAGUGGAGAGCAACACGUUGGGAAGCCCUGCUGCUUCAGAGCUUCUGCAGCACCUGAAGCCUGCCUACUGGUUCUCAGCACAUCUCCAYGUUAAAUUUGCAGCUUUCAUGCAACACGAGACAAACUCCAAAGAAGAGCUACCAAAAGCAACCAAGUUUCUGGCUCUGGAUAAAUGCYUGCCACACAGAGACUUCCUGCAGAUAAUAGAUGUGGAGCAUGAUCCCAAUGCGGGCGACUCUCUGGAGUACGAUGCUGAGUGGAUUGCAGUCCUCAAGGCCACCAAUAAUCUUAUUAAUGUGACCCAGAGCACCUGGAAUAUGCCUGAAAAGAAUGGCCUCCAUGCCAAGUGGGAUUACAGUGCGACAGAAGAAGCCAUCAAAGAGGUGUUAGAAGAGCUGAACCAUGACCUCAAAAUUCCCUGUAACUUCACAUUGACAGCUGCUUGUUAUGAUCCCAACAAGCCCCAGAAAAACAUGGAGCCAGUUCACACCAUCAAUCCACAGACCACUGAGUUCUGUGCCCAGUUUGGCCUCACUGACAUCAAUGACAGGAUCCAGCAGGCUAAAGAAGAGGGCUCACGACGAGGAGAAUGUGAAGAGGAGGAGGGGGAGGAAAUGGACAGUACUGGGUCAGCAGAGGAACCCAGUGAAUAUAAUACAGAUAAUUCUGGCCUCUCCUCCUUUAAUCCAGAUGAAAUAAUGCUGGAUGAAGAAGGUGGUGAUGAAGACUUGAGUACAUGUUCUGUAGAUCCCUCCCCUGAUCACCCUCCUGAGUUCUCUAUGAGCUUCUCUGACAUCCGGAUCAUGCCAGACUCCAUGGCAGUGUCAUCUGAUGAUGCCAUGGACUCCAACAACGAGGAACUGGAGAAGUCUGGUGGCAGCAACCAGGUGGAGGAAAAGAGCUCCACUGAGAGGUCAYUAAAGCGUGUUGGUGGUGAUGAAAAYGGGAAUAGUGGCAUUAAAAAAAUCAAGAGAAGGAACCAAGCUAUUUAUGCUGCAGAGGAUGAAGAUAAAACAGAUUAGUGCUUCACAGGCUGUGUCAGUUCUCUCUCAACCUUUCUGUGGGAAGGUGGUGAGAACUGUAGUGGACUACUUGUGCUUUUAAUAUUACGUGAUCUUAGUCAUGUUACUUUCCUAAGCUUGGAGGCUGGAUGYACUUCUCACACAGAAGGUGAUUUAUCCAGAAUAAACAUCAAAGAAAGAAGAUGAGACUUUUCCAACAAAGUACUUUGUCAAAGGAUGUAAAACUCAUAUAUCCCUCGAUUUUGCUUCAGUUCUUGGUGUAUGGUGUAUACUCCAUAUCUGCAGCUGUACAAGACUCACCAUGCUUGUUUAACAAGAACUCUUAAACUGUAGCCCAAGUCCAAGUGAGAGGAUCUCUUGACUUACAAGACUGAAUGGCUUUAUUUUAUUGCAUUUGUCUUGUUUUAUACUGAACUACUUUAAUGCAUAGUAAUGUAUGCAAUAAAUCUAUGAAUUGAAUUUGAAAAUAGAAUUCCCAUGAUAACAAAAUACCAAUAGAAGAAUGAAGAUUUUUGUUUCUGGUGAUAGUCAUGCCACAGAAAAACUUCAUAAACAAAGCAAUGUGUAUUGUCCAGGACUGGCUUUUAAUUACAGUUUUGAUAGCAAACUAAUUCUCUUGAUUUUGAAGGGUGAUGAUUUUAUGGGGACCAUGGAAGAGUGCAUCUCUGUUCUUAAAAUUCGCUUGUGUGCUGUUUCUCAAAACUUGAGAGCAAUGUCUUCAAAUGGAAGUAAUUAGGAAGAGCAGCUUCCUAAAUUUGRACAUCACUACUGUCUCAGCUCUGUGUUCCGUGUUCAUACAAGGUGGCAGAUGUUUGUAACUUGCCUGAGACAUUAAUCUCUCCCAUUAUAAUUAGCCUUACUUUUCACUUGUCACUCCAGUAGCUGUAACUUGCUGAAUUCUUAAAACUGGUUUUGAAAUCUUCCAAAGCACUUUUGUAAUCUUCAUCUGAGGCAGAGCAGGAGUGGCCAGAAUAGAGACCCUCUUGGAAGUUUUCUUCUCUUUUUUUUUUUUUUUUUUUUUUUUUUUUCUCAAAAUUAUUAGCAAAUUGCAGUCCUUUGGCCUAAAAGACCAUGGGGAUAAAACUGAGUGAAUUAAUGAAAAAUGACAAUGUUUUCAGGCAUAUGUCAUUAGACUCAUUAGCCUUCCUGACAGAUGGAAUUCUUAGGUGGAAUUUCUCAUGGCUGUGCUGCCCCAAGAACAGAAUUAGCUCUUGUGCUUCUUCUCCUCCAAGGGACAGGCAGUGUGGAGAAAGCAUCCUGACAGGAACAGGGAAUUAGACAGGGAGCAGUGAAUGAAAUGGAUAAGAGGAUUCGAGUUGUGUCAGGGUCGGUAAUUCUUCUUUAAAUCACUUCAUGGUCUGGGGUUCCUCUUGCUUUCUCUCCUGUCAGCAAUUCAGUACAAAAACUAAACACCUUUAGUAUUCAAGGGCUAGGAAAGGGCAUAAUUAAUGCUCUCAACAGUUCAAUUAACAGCUCAUCUGUCAGAACAGCCACCUAAAGAGCUGUGAGGAGAAACUGGGAGUAACCCAGGUGUGACACUCAGGGUAUGUAUAGUGGCUGUGAACUGUCAGAUAAUUGAAGCAGAUAAGUCUCUGUAAGGGUGCUGAGUCUGCAGUGCUAAAAUCUUAAUUAUGCCUCAUGAUCUGAACACUAUAAUGGAAAUAAAGUGUUUGUUAUGAAUUUGAAAAGCCUCCCAAGGAACCUGAGCRUGACAUGAGUUCUUGGGGUCUUUGCACUGGAGUGGAAGAUGGGUCUUUACAUGUAAUCGACUUUUCAGUCUGAUUCCUUAUGGUUUUGAAGCAAACUGUUCUGUUGUGUGUUGUCCCAUGCCUUCCCCUCUUCUGAUAAACRUUUCUAGAAGGUAGGAGACUUCGAAAAGAUACGAUACCAAUUUUUGAACCUUUUAAAGAUAUUUUUAAUAAAGUAUUUGAAUGUC